AUGUCUCGCUCCGCAAAGGACCUCCAACUUAGCAGUGAUGCCGAGUCCGAUCACCCAGACCACAACACUGAGGACCACUCGAAAGUAACUAACCGUGGGGCGCCGGCACGUCACAGUCGUCGCCAACGAUCUGAGGUAAGGGCUCAUCUAUACACCGGUGCAAACCGACGAGAACCCCCGAACUAA